AUGGCUUCCCCCCACGGAGGAGCUGGAAGCUCCAAUUUCGCAACGGUGGCUAGAAUUUUAUUUGACUCUGCAAAAAAAGUAGGCGCGGUAGAACCACUGGGCGAGACGAGUAGGCGUUAUGCUCAGCAGCUAAAGAGAAUUCAGUCUCAAAGCCAAAAAAAAGGUGGAUCUUUGGGAAAUGUAUCGUAUAAAGUUGCAGAAUUUUUGGCCACUCAGCGACCCCCAAAAAAGAAUAUCAUCAGGAACCCCACCAGCAUCGCAAAGCGGGUUCCUUUAAUUGACAUUUCACACCCGCCUUCAAAAACAAAAGAUUUCUCUAUCGCAGUCAAAUCACACCCCAAAGCAGUGCCCUCAUUGGACUUUGUUACCAAGGAGGCGAAGCCUGUGGGCGUACAACCAGCUAGAUCAGAGGGGCCGGUGACGCAUGCACAGGUCCCACACUCAGGAUCCUUACUAAGUGAGUAUGCAGUACCCACUUUGGAUUUUGUUGCGGAGCAGGCAAAGACCAAGGUUUCAGCACCUGAUUCAGGUGCUUUGCCAGUAGCUUCUACGCUGCCGGAAAGGAUGCACACAAAGCCGGAUCAAGAGGAAAUGAAAGAUCCACGCAUGAAAGUCGAAGCAACAAAGGUCACCAUUAUCGAGGAAAAACCCCUUUUUGAAACUAGUACUGCAUCAGAGCAGAAACUGUUUUUUGUGGCUGAGCAUGAUGUGUCCACAUUGCUUGAAAGGGUGACACUUGUCCCAGAAAGGCCUACCAAACCCAAAAUAACUGUGCCAAUUUCCGCAGAGGAGGUCAGUUCAAAGGUGCAACAUUUUGAGUCUGUAAAAAGUGGAGCCAUUUCAGUGGAUGCAUGGGAACUACAGCGCGAGCGGGAAAUUGAGCAGUUGCGGCAGUCUCAGGAAAACGCGGAAAAAGAACGAUUGACAUUGCAACGGGAAGAGGAACAUAAUAUGCUGGGGGAUGAAUGGGUUAAGCAUAGAACUACGAUAGUAAGAUCAUCCACAGCAACAGCACCAGGUGAAGUCGAUGCACCGACGGGUAUGAUUGAAGAAAUGUACUUUUCCAAUAGGUGGGAAGCAUGUUUCAAAUCUUUUGAGCAACUAGUCUCCAUGUCAAACAUUCCUGACUCUGUAUUGAAACAGGCUGUUUGUAUCAUGGAAGGUCGACUCAAAUAUGUUCCACUAAAUCAGAAGGAAGUUGUGAAAUCAGCUCUCUUGAAGGAGUUAAGGCAGCGAAGGCUGCAUGAUGAUGUUGCCAAUUUUGAACUACGGCAUAAAGUUGGGGAGGCGUUUCUGCAGCUUUAUCAUUCUGCUUCACCCAGUGUGAAAGGCAACUUGGACUUUUCCACAGUGUCCAAGGCCAUUUCGAUGCUGGUUACAUCUGGAUCGUGGCAAGAGGCUAUUGAUCUCGUCGGGACUUCGCAGAAACGCUUUAGUGAUAAGGCUGGUCUUCAUGAGCUACGGCUUUUGCUUGCCUUGCAUGCCCUGGAUGAGCAGGCAGCUAAGAGUGUGAUGGAAUUUGUGUCCAAAACCCUUGCUGCCUCUGAGCGAUUUGGGAAAAUACACAAAUUGCAAAUGGCGAAAAUGGAAAAGGGAGCUCGCAGAAGACACAUGAUUUUACAGCUUAUCGCCUCAACCAACGUCGAUGAGGAGAUUUACGCGGAGUUGCUUCGAAUUACGCAGCCUGAGCACAUUGAAGGUGUAUUGGAGGAAAUUCGCAAGCGCGGGCUUAACGCGGAAGAUCCGGCGAUACUUGCCGUCCUCUGUUGGAAGAAGUUUGACCCGGAAAACCCGCAGUUAUUGUUCCGGGAAAUUGAGCGACAAGAGAAGAUGACUGGCAUUCGUCCAGCUCACCUGUCGGCUGCCGUCGCCAUGGCACGAGCCUCCAAAACAGUGGAGACAUUACGAGCAACCGUCUCCAUUGUGAAGAAGGCACCCGUUUUUAGGGCCAGGUUUACACUCCGAAAACUGCUGCCUUUGUUGCAUGAAAACAAGAUGCUGAAGGAGAUUGUGGAGUUGGCCGAUUUCUAUAAGGACCACGUGCCAUUGGCAACGGCGCUUCCUCAUGCGGUGGCGUUUGUGAACGAGGCUCUUCAAGCGGAAGAACGACCUCCCCUCUCAGAGAAAACAGUGAGCAGUUUGCAACUUCAUGACAAGUCGUCAGGGUCAAACGUUGCCGCUACAAGGGGUCCGGCAUCCGCAGCAGCAACAGUCACAGUAGCAGCAGGAGCUGAAAUCUCGUCUGAGGUUAUGCUUCAAUGUGCCAAGGAGCGCGAUUGGGCAAAGGCACUGACUUUGAUCAAUUCCAUUUCUCCAGAAUUUGCCAAAACAACUGACGCUGAUACGCUAACCCUGUUCUACAACUGUGCCCUUAGCGCGUCAGUAGAGAAGCUGGAGGUUGUCCAGUCCAUCUACAGUUACAUGCAAAAGAGAGGCGUAACAAUCAACACGACUACGAACAAUGCGGUACUGAGUAGUCUGAUGAGGUCUGAACGACCGCAAGAGGCCAUUGAGUUCUACAGUCAAACGGACCCAUCCUUGCGGGACACCAACACCUACUCCGUCAUGCUUUCCCUCUAUGGGAAACUGGGUAUGUGGGAGGAAGCGUUGGAUCUCAUUAAGAAUGCGCGGGGUGGGUCCAAAAAACUGCCACCUAUCCUCUAUACGCUUGGAAUUAACGCUGUGCACAGCCAUAGUUGGAACUCGACGUUAACUCUUUUCCAGACACUGCGGAAAGAGCAUGGAAGUUCCGCCAUUAAGGAUACGGUCGUAGACAAGGUGGUUCGUUGUCUCUCACAGAACAAGCGUACCGCUGAAUUACAGAAAUUGGAAGCGGAAUUGGCCAAAAUGAAGAAAAAGCAAUAA